AAAAAUACUUACUUGCAAAACUCUGCUUCUGUACGUUUCUGCUAACAAGUAAUUUUCCGCAAAAGAGUCCUAAUCUCGCUCAAAAUAUUCUGGGGAGGUGAGGAAUUUGGCUCAAUUUUGACGCCAACAAUGGUGAUGCAUGAGUCAGACAUCGGGAGAACAGAUCCCAUAACAUUGACGCAAUGGAUAUUGACGCAGCAGCAGAUCAAGGCGCCCAACGCACGAGGAAACCUUUCAAUUCUUCUGAACGCCAUCUGCGUGGCAUGCAAAUAUGUGGAGUCUGCUGUGCGCAAAGCUGGACUGGCCGGCAUUCUGGGGCUGGCAGGCAGUGGGAAUGUUCAGGGAGAGGAUCAGAAGAAGCUGGAUGUGCUGGCGAAUGAAGUCUUCAUCAAUGUUCUGAAGCGCUGCGGGCAGUGCUCUGUUCUGGUGAGCGAAGAAAUCGAUGAGGAGAUUCUGAUAGAGGGCGGGGGUGACUACAGCGUGGUUUUUGACCCGCUGGACGGCUCAUCCAACAUUGACUGCGGCGUGUCCAUCGGCACCAUCUAUGGCAUCUUCAAAAAGCCCGCCGACGAACCCGCCUCUGUCAGAAACGUCUUGCGGCCCGGGCGGGAGCUGGUGGCGGCUGGCUACUGCCUCUAUGGCAGCAGCUGCUCAAUGGUGAUAUCUGUGGGCGGGCCCCCCACCCAUUUCACGCUGGACCCCUCCCUGGGAGAGUUCGUGCUCUUAUCCCCUGCCCUCCACGUGCCUAACAGCGGCAAGAUCUACUCCAUCAACGAGGGCAACUCUGUGCUAUGGGACGCCCCCACCUCGCAGUUUGUGAAGGAGUGCAAGCAGCCGGCAAAGGGGGGCGACCCCAAGAGUCUGCGUUACGUGGGCAGCAUGGUGGCCGACGUGCACCGAACGCUGCUCUACGGCGGAGUCUUCAUGUACCCCGCAGACUCCAAGACCAACACCGGCAAGCUGCGCCUGCUCUACGAGGGCAAUCCGAUGGCAUUCCUGGUGGAAAAUGGUGGCGGCCGCGCGAUCACCGGCAGUGGACCCGUGCUGGACCUGCAGCCUGGCAAGAUCCACGAGCGCUGCCCCAUCUUCCUCGGCUCCAAGCAGGACGUAGACCGCAUUGAGGCCCUCUAUAACGGCGCUGCUGAGGCCGUGCACGCUGUGCAGCAGUCCUAG